CGAACAUUGCCGCAGCUUCGGCAAUGUUCGGCUGAAUGAAAAACGCUAUGCGCAAACGGAAACGUCAUCGUACGAGCUGUCAAAAAAUUUCAUUCAAAAAAUCGUAAUCGAUUCUACUCGCAGUUCGGAAAGUUAAAGUUUCGGUUUCGCUCCAGUAAAAGUGCAAAAAAUCGCGCCCCUUGUGCCAAUGUCCGGUGGGGAAAAGGUUUCCUAACCCAACGUGGCCAAAAUGGAUUACGUGUACAUGAGCGGCGAUCCGGGCAAUCGGGCCGAGGACAUCAUCACUCUUACCAUGUACGACAAUGGUCCUCCAGCGGGGGACUACCCGGAGAUUGAUUACAGCACCUUUAACAUUGGAUUUGGCGAGCCGGAACUGAUGGAACACGGUACCAUACUGGCGGACGGAGGGGAUCGCUUCGGAGUGUCUACCGUUGCGUUUGAUACCCGAGAGGAGCUGGUGUGGAUGGGGAAUCAGGGCGGACAUGUGACGUCCUACUAUGGGGGUUCGAUGCAGAAGUAUACUAGCUUCCAAGUGCACGCUAAUGAGCUGAUCCGACAGAUUCAUACGAUCGAUUCCGGCAUCUUGGCGCUGACCAGUACGACACUGAGACAUCAGAUUCGACGUGGAAUACCGAAGUUUACCUACCGGUCAGAGAAAAUGGUUGACAUGCUGUGUAUGAUUGAGUACCAACCUGGCCGGAUGCUAAUAGGAGGACAUCAGAGCGAGCUGAUUGAUUUUGAUUUAGCCACCUAUAGCGAGGCGGGUUUUGUUCCGGCAGGCCAAAAUGGGUGCGCGAUUUUGAGAAGUCACUCGCGAUAUUUGUGUGAAGGAGAUGCGUAUGGGAAAAUUACCUUACGAGACCCGAAUUCUUUGUCGGUUGAGCAUGAGCUGAUGACGCACCCCGGUAGCUUGUCUGACUUUGACCUGCAGGGUAAUUAUUUGAUUUCUUGUGGGUUUAGCGGCAGACAAGGGAACUUAGCGAUCGAUCGUUUUUUGAUGGUUUACGAUAUGAGAAUGCUGCGCUUGGUAUCGCCAAUUCAGGUUCUGGUAGAGCCACAACUGUUGAGAUUUCUCCCUUCUCACUGUUCCAGAUUGGCCGUUGUCUCCCCACUUGGGCAGCUUCAGCUGGUGGACACGGUAGAACUCAGCGAGCCUCGAGUUUGUAUGUUCCAGAUUAACACAACCGGCUCGCAGUGUUUGACGUUCGAUAUCAGCUCAUCCAGCCAGGCGAUGGCCUUUGGCGAUCAAUCCGGACACAUAAAUUUAGUUGCCGCAGUGAAAAUCAACACUCCAACGCUGCAGUUCAAUCCGUUCUCUCGAGAGACGGAAUUUGCCGAUACGGUAGAACCUUUGCCAAUGGUUUCCAUAACCGAUAAGAACUUUCCUCUCUCGUCGAUUUUGCUGCCCCAUCUUACAACCGGAACUCGUUGGUUAAGCGACUGGCCACAGUUUAUGAAUACCUACGAGUAUCUCAAGCCGAAACCAAUCACUCCGGAAAUUACGGCUACCAUGAAAAUGCAGGGCCCGAUUGGUUACGCUCCAAAUCCGAAAACAUCGCUCCGAAAUCAAAUUCCCUACAUAAUGGAGAAAAAUUCAACCUCAAGUCAGAGUUCUGCACCGGCUUUGGGCAACGUGCAGAAAGGUACCACCGAGCAGGGCAUGAAACUGGUUCCCCGUCGCUACCGUCGAGUUGAGGUCAAAUAUAGCAAGCUUGGUUGUCAGGAUUUCGACUUCGAGCAGUACAACCAAACCGGCUUCGUUGGCCUGGAGGCCAACCUCCCGAAUGCAUACUGCAAUGCAAUGCUCCAGACGCUGUAUUUUAUCAAUCCCUUGCGGAAAGCUAUAUUGUCGCACUGUUGCUCCAAGGAGUUUUGCCUGGCUUGCGAGCUUGGCUUUCUGUUCCACAUGUUAGAUGUUGGAACAUCAAAUCAACCCUGUCAGGCAAGCAAUUUUUUGCGUUCGUUUCGUACAGUUCCGGAGGCAGCCGCCCUUGGAUUGAUUUUGUCGUCCGACCAGCGGAGCAGCAACAACACCAACAUUAAUCUCAUCAGCCUAAUUCAAAACUGGAACCGCUUUAUACUGCAUCAAAUGCACUACGAGCUGCUGGAAGCGUCGAAGAAGAACGAAAAUCGCAUCGCCCAGCAGGACGCGUCUCUUUCGGCGGCCGCUCGGAGAAUGCAACUCUCGGCUGGGCAGCGGCCUUUUAUUCACAGGGCGGAAACGCAUGUGCAACGACCGGAUGAUCAUCAGGAGAGCUUGGACAGUGAAGUGCAGCAGUAUGAUUCGAAUAAUGAGAAGUUUCAAUUUCUGGUCGCCAGCAACGGUAAGUCACGUUUAUUUUCUUUUCAAAGUUUUCUCGAUUCUGACUACGAUCUUGUUAUCAAUACAGAUUGUGAGCACCAUCCGGACACAGCGGGUGAGGCACGUCCGACCAGCACUGCCGCUACUACCACUAGCGGCAAGAACAAAGACGAAACGGAAAUUAGUCGCAUGUUUGGUACUCAGCAAAAAACCACCCAACGUUGCCUCAAGUGCAACACCCAGCGUGUCAAGAAGAACAUCCUACUGGUGUGCAACCUGCUGUACCCUUCGUCAACCGCGAACAAUAGCAACCGCAUCAACAUCGACGGAACGUUUGCGUCUAUUCUGAAGAAUUCCCUUUCGGUGGAAAAAACGACACCGGCGUGGUGCGAAAAGUGCAAUAAAUUCACGCCCACCAACCAGAAGAGUCGCGUCACCGAUCUACCGGAGAUCCUUUCGAUCAACUGUGGGCUGGAGACGGACAAAGAGCUGGAUUAUCUGAAGAAACAGAUGAGUCGACCCUUCGUCACGCAGGUUAUGUCCGGUACGGCUGCGUCUGAUGGUGACGCGCAGAAAAGUAGCACGGGUAAUGGGAAAAUGUGUCGCUACGGAAUGCACUGCUCUCGGGUGGAUUGCCACUUCUCUCAUCCCAGGAAACCUACACCAACGGUUGGUGCAGGCAUGAGUAACCAAGGCCAGCAGAAGUCCUGGUUCCCGCUGAGCUUCCGUAUGACAAUGGAUGAGAAGGAGAAUCUGGAGAUCGGCUCACUGAAGAGUGCUUCUAGCUGUUUUGAUGGCACGGACUAUCAAGAAAGCUUGAAACAGGACAAGUUGUUCCGCAAGUCCAAGAAUUACCGUCUGUCAGCAGCCGUUUGCUACAUCAACGACGGAGCCCAAAGGAACCUGGUGGCUCUGGUGCACGUACCGAAAAGCUACCACGAUCUGAAGAAAGACCGUACGUCGGCUACCGGCAGCGCCAGUUUCGCCGAUGGAAGCUGGUACAUCUUCAACGAUUUUAGCAUUUCGCCGGUAUCGGUACAGGAAGCGGUUUGGUUCACACUAGACUGGAAGGUGCCCUGCGUACUGUUCUACACCAGUACCGGCCUACGGGACGAGCAAGGCGACGAUAAGGAAUGUCUGACGCAAUACGUCAAACCGUUCACUAACGAUCUGUUUAGACAGGCGAACGCUGGCAGUGCCACGGCGGGUGAUAAAAACUUCAAACCGUUAGAUUCUAAGGAAAUCUUCCGUUCGGGUGAUUUGGUUGCGAUGGAUGCCGAAUUUGUUACGCUGAAUCCGGAGGAGAGCGAAAUUCGCUCGGACGGCAAGAUGUCGACCGUUAAACCGAGCCACAUGAGCGUCGCUCGGAUCACGUGCAUCCGGGGUCAGGGUGCGGAUGAAGGCGUUCCCUUCGUAGACGAUUACAUUUCCACGCAGGAGCAGGUUGUGGACUAUCUGACCAAAUUUUCCGGCAUCAAACCGGGCGAUUUGGAUGCCAACUUCAGCAGCAAGCGGCUGACAACGUUGAAAAAUUCAUACCAGAAGCUACGCUACCUGGUAGACAGUGGGGUGAUAUUCGUCGGCCAUGGUCUCAAGAACGACUUUCGUGUGAUUAAUAUCAUCGUUCCACCGGAACAGAUCGUCGACACGGUUUAUCUGUUUCAUUUGCCCCACCAUCGGAUGGUAUCGCUGCGCUUUCUAGCCUGGCAAUUUUUGGGCAUCAAAAUCCAAUCGGAGACGCACGACUCCGUCGAGGAUGCCCGAACGGCCCUACUGCUGUACAAGCACUACCUGAAGCUGAACGCCAAGGACGAGUUCAGCAUGGCGUUGUCUAAUUUGUACGAGACGGGCAAAAAGCUGCAGUGGAAGGUGCCGGAUUAGAGUUGCGGGUGAUAUGUAGUGUCAGUAUUUUCUUUUUUUUUGCUUUCGAUGAUUUAUUUUAGUAAUAAAGUGCACUCAUUCAUUUUUAUUGGUAUGAAUUACCGUCUGAUACGUUUGCCUCACUUAUCGCUAACACAUUUAUUUAUUUUCCAAGAGCUUAUGUCUAAAGAGCAUAAUAAAGAGAUGAUGAUUUACUCAUGAUUGUACUAGCAGGAGGAUUUGUGGUUUAUUCUUAUCACUAGUUGAAAAAAUGUCCUCUUUGAUAUGUGAAAUUACACAGGAUGAUUUUUCAUGUUCGUAUAUAUCUUUUUUAUAGUAAAGUUUUUUUUUUAUGUUUAAAAAUUCAGUUGAAUAUUCCAUAUUUAGAGUUCUUUUAAUACCUUAUUUAGUGAACAAAACUUUAGAAAAAUUUCUCACUCUCGAUCUAUCUUAUGAUAGCAAGAGUUAUGGAAGCGAUGGAAAAUUGUAGAAAUGUAGAAAUGUCUUUAAGAUGACUAUUGUAGAUCCCAAGUAGCAUCUUUCUCAGAAAUAUCAAGAUUCAUUUGAAAUACAUGGGCGAGUCGAUUCGAAUAGCCUUCUGUAAUAGGGUCCAUAAA